GGGAAGGAAGCCCUGACCCACUUCCCUUCUCUGGGGCCCUCCCCGGGCUCUGCCCAGGGCAGGGUGCACGUCAAGCAGUGUGACCUGCUCCAGCUGUCCCGCAAGCAGAAGCGGCUGUGCCGGCGGGAGCCAGGCCUGGCCGAGACCCUGCGGGAUUCCAUCCGCCUCGGGAUCAUGGAGUGCCAGUUCCAGUUCCGCAGCGAGCGCUGGAACUGCAGCCUGGAGGGGAGGACCAGCCUGCUCAAGAGAGGUUUCAAGGAGACUGCCUUCCUGUACGCCGUGUCCUCGGCGGCACUCACGCACUCGCUGGCGCGGGCCUGCAGCGCCGGGCGCAUGGAGCGCUGCACGUGCGACGACUCCCCAGGGCUGGAGAACCGCAAGGCCUGGCAGUGGGGGGUCUGUGGGGACAACCUCAAGUACAGCACCAAGUUCCUCAAGAAGUUCCUGGGGCAGAAGAGGAUCGGCAAAGACCUGCGGGCCAAGGUGGACAUCCACAACACCAACGUGGGCAUCAAGGCAGUGAAGAACGGCCUGAAAACCACAUGCAAGUGCCACGGCGUGUCGGGCUCCUGCGCCGUGCGGACGUGCUGGAAGCAGCUCUCGCCCUUCCAUGAGAUCGGGCGGCUGCUGAAGCUUCGCUAUGACGAUGCCGUCAAGGUGUUCAGCACCACCAACGAUGCCGUGGGGCACUCGGAGCUGGCUGGGCCCCCCCGGCACGGGCACUCCCCCCGGCUGCCCCCGGCCCCCCGCGCCACCGACCUCGUCUACGUGGAGGACUCGCCCAGUUUCUGCCGCCCCAGCAAAUACUCGCUGGGCACCGCGGGGAGGACCUGCUCCAGGGAGGGCAACUGCGACAGCAUGUGCUGCGGGAGAGGCUACAACACCCAGAGCAGGCUGGUCACCUUCUCCUGCCACUGCCAGGUGCAGUGGUGCUGCUAUGUGGAGUGCCAGCAGUGCAUGCAGGAGGAGGUGGUGUACAGCUGCAAACAGUAG